UUAUUUGAAAAUGCAUUUUAAUAUAUCACUUAUAUGGAAACAACUCCCCAUCCCAAAAAGCUUCAUGUUAAAUUUUAUUACAGUCAUUUAAAUAACUUAAGAGGGGAAGAAAAACACAGAACUAUUACUUUUAAUAGUUAAAUAAAUCCAUGAUUAAUAGCGGGGAUUAUAAUGAAAAAAUAGCAAGUAAUGCUGUAAAGUGGUAGUCUAGUGUGAAGAUUUUAGUAGAUAUAAAAUGAAAAAAUUUACCUAAACUAAGAAACUUUUCAGGCCAGUAAAAGAUAUUUUACCUACUUUAUUGCAAGGAAUAAAUUAGUUAAAAUACAAAUGCUCUACAAAUGUGAAUUAUGAGAACAGUAGUAAAAGUAACAACUCACUUAGGAAUUUUUCAUCCAUAUGAGUAAUACUCCUUCCAAAGGUAUACCAUUAUAGGUAAGCAUACUACUAUUCAUUUCCUUAUUGCAAUUCUUUUUGGAACUGUCUGCAGCAGUUCUUCAAAUAUCAAUAAUGAUAGCAAUUCUUCCUGUUGGGGAUGGAGUUGAUUGUUUAAAGCUAGUCAUCAAAAGUUGAUCCAUGUGGUGGACUGUACAGGACCAUCAUGCUGUUCAAAGGUUGUUUUUUUUUUUUUGUUUUGUUUUGUUUUUGGUGUGUAUAGCAGCCACAGAAACAAUGACCUACUGUUCUGGACAAAUUACAAAAAUGUUUGAACUACUACUGCUCAUAAUGGCAUUAUUAGUACUUUUCUUUCCCAAGGUGAGUGCUUUGUAAGGAAGAAUAUGUUAAAAUAAUGUUCAUGGACUAACUGGAUAAAUUUUUAGUCAUUUUUUUCUUUACUAUUUUAAGUGGUGACCAAAACUUUUAUUGCCUUUAGCUGAGUCUAUUAAUUAAAAUAGCCAAACAGUGGAGGAGCCAUAAUCGAAUAAAAGUAACCUGCUUUAAUAAACUAAAGUGAUCUUUCUGUUUAGGUUGAAUCCUUUGGUAAUUUUGUUAUGGAACUCCUGCUUAAACCUUCUACACUUGGAUUCUGUUAUUGUUUUUGAUGUGGGUAUUCCAUCCUUACUUGACUGCAAACUCCCAUGUUUUACCAUCCUGUAUGCUCGACCAUCUUCUCUAGAUCCUUCAGAUGAAACAGCCAACGGGGAGGAAGUUUUAUAAUACAAACCAUCCUAUGGGUGGCAUUGUAGCCCCUAAUUGCCCACCACCAGGUGAUUGGCCCACGUUUUACAUUUUAUACCUUAUGAAGGUUAGUUUGGUGUGGAUUGAAACUUUGUACCAAUACAUUAGAUGACAAAAUUAAACGUUUAUCGAACGUUACCCAGAUUAUUAUUUUUUUUUUUCACUUUAUCAGGGACUGGAGGUAAAAUCGAGUUCCAAAGCCCAUUCCCAUCCUCUCGCAGUUCCUCUCCCAACCAGGAGACAGUUUAUGGAACUACGUCGGGAGACUCCCCUCCCCCACAACGGGUUCCAUCCACAAUCCUAAAAAUUCAGUGCUGCUCCUACUUUUAGUAGGCAGAGACCCGAUUUUAGUUUAAUUAUGCGAUUUCAAGAAUCCCGCUUCCUCCUUAGCCCGCUCCUGGAUCCAAACCGUCCCCUCCCCCCAUACAUGCCCUGGGAUCAGGAAGAAGUGUAUGGUCAGCGUCGCACUUGGGAAACUACAGGUCCCGAUAGGCACCGCGGCUAGCAGCCCUCCGGCCACUCCACUUUUGUUAUGGCCUCGGCCUUUUUUUCCCUAGUGGACAGGCCGGUACUCCGCAUUUUGGCUUCUCUUGAAGAAAUUGGAUCUUGAUGGAAUUGGCCCCUCACUGGAGACCUUCAUCUGAUGAAUAGAUAACGGCAGCGGUCAUUUUUGACGGGGUCAAAUAUGCUUUUGGAUUGAGGGAGGGAGGGUCCCCGCCCCCCGUCCCGGGCUGGGGAAACAGGAGAGACAAGACCUUCUGGACUUGAAAUUCAGUGACUACUGAAGGUUACGUUUUUCUGUGAGGUGGAGCCCGGAAAAAGUACCCUCGUAAAGAUUGCUGCGCAUGCGUCCCGGGAGCCCCCUGGAGACACACGCGGGGCGGGGCCGGGCCGCGCUGAAGCUACGGUGGCGUCGGUGCGUCUGUGGGUCUUGCGGGGCCAGCCGCUUGAAGGGUGGAGUAGAAGGGUUGAUGGAGGCCGCAUUCCGGUAGACACGUCGUGCAGUCUUAGCCGAUAUGGUUCCGUGGGUGAGGGCGACGGGGGAGAAGCUGAAGCAGCGACUACGACUAGAUUUAGGACGAGAGAUAUGUCGCCAAUAUCCGCUCUUCUGCUUCCUGUUGCUGUGCCUCUGCGUCGCUUCCCUGCUCCUCAACAGGUAUCUUCAUAUUUUAAUGAUCUUUUGGUCAUUUGUGGCUGGAGUCGUCACUUUCUACUGCUCAUUGGGACCCGAUACUCUUUUGCCAAAUAUUUUCUUCACAAUAAAAUACAAACCCAAGCAUUUAGAACUACAAGAAUUGUUUCCCCAAGGUCACAGCUGUGCUGUAUGUGGUAAAGUGAAAUGUGAAAGACACAGACCUACCUUGCUGCUUGAAAACUACCAGCCCUGGUUAGACCUUAAAGUAUCUUCCAAAGUUGAUGCAUCUCUCUCAGAGAUGCUUGAAUUAGUGUUGGAAAACUUCGUUUAUCCUUGGUAUAGGGAUGUAACUGACGAUGAGUCUUUUGUUGAUGAGCUAAGAAUAACAUUGCGUUUUUUUGCAUCUGUAUUAGUUCGAAGAAUUCACAAGGUGGAUAUCCCAGCAGUUAUAACCAAGAAACUGUUAAAAGCAGCAAUGAAGCACAUAGAAAUGAUAUCUAAAGCAAAUCAGAAAGUAAAAAAUGCAGAGUUUUUACAACAAGCUGCUUUAGAAGAAUAUGGGCCAGAACUUCAUGUGGCUCUGAGAAGUCGAAGAGAUGAGUUACACUAUUUGAGGAAACUUACUGAAUUACUUUUCCCUUAUAUUUUGCCCCCUAAAGCUACAGAUUGCAGAUCCCUGACUUUACUUAUAAGAGAGAUCCUGUCUGGUUCUGUUUUUCUCCCUUCUUUGGAUUUCCUAGCUGAUCCAGAUACAGUGAAUCAUUUACUUAUCAUCUUUAUAGAUGAUAGUCCACCUGAAAAAGCAACAGAACCCGCUUCUUCUUUGGUUCCUUUUUUGCAAAAAUUUGCAGAGCCCAGAAAUAAAAAGCCUUCUGUGCUGAAGUUAGAAUUGAAGGAGAUUAGAGAACAGCAAGAUCUUUUGUUUCGCUUUAUGAAUUUUCUGAAACAAGAAGGAGCAGUGCAUGUGUUGCAGUUUUGUCUGACCGUGGAGGAAUUCAAUGACAGAAUUUUGAGACCAGAGUUAUCAAAUGAUGAAAUGAUGUCUCUUCAUGAAGAGGUGAAGAAAAUAUAUAAAACCUAUUGUUUGGAUGAAAGCAUUGACAAAAUUAGAUUUGAUCCUUUUAUUGUAGAAGAGAUUCAAAGAAUUGCUGAUGGCAUCUAUAUAGAUGUUGUAAAACUUCAAACUAUGAGGUGCCUUUUUGAAGCAUAUGAGCAUGUUCUUUCUCUUCUGGAGAAUGUAUUUACUCCUAUGUUCUGUCACAGUGAUGAGUAUUUCAGACAGCUUUUAAGAGGAGCAGAGUCACCAACACGAAAUUCAAAAUUCAACAGAGGUAGCCUAAGUUUGGAUGAUUUUCGGAGCACCCAGAAAAGAGGAGAAUCAUUUGGGAUUAGCAAAAUCGGCAGCAAAAUCAAAGGAGUAUUUAAGAGUACUACAAUGGAGGGAGCUAUGCUACCUAAUUAUGGGUUAACUGAAGGCGAGGAUGACUUUAUUGAAGAAGGGAUUGUUGUAAUGGAAGAUGAUUCUCCAGUAGAAGCUGUUAGUACCCCUAGUACACCCCGAAAUCUUGCUGCGUGGAAAAUAAGUAUUCCAUAUGUGGACUUUUUUGAUGAUCCCUCCUCUACUGACAGAAAGGAAAAAAAGGAGAGAAUUCCUGUAUUUUGUAUUGAUGUUGAGAGGAAUGAUAGAAGAGCAGUUGGUCAUGAACCUGAGCAUUGGUCUGUCUACCGAAGAUACCUUGAGUUCUAUGUGCUUGAAUCAAAACUAACAGAAUUUCAUGGUACAUUUCCUGAUGCUCAGCUUCCUUCCAAGAGGAUCAUCGGUCCCAAAAACUAUGAAUUCUUAAAGUCAAAGAGGGAAGAGUUUCAGGAAUAUCUUCAGAAACUUCUGCAACAUCCAGAGUUGAGUAAUAGCCAACUUCUGGCAGAUUUUCUCUCUCCAAAUGGUGGUGAGACACAAUUUCUGGAUAAGAUACUGCCUGAUGUAAAUCUUGGGAAAAUUAUAAAAUCUGUUCCAGGAAAACUAAUGAAAGAGAAGGGCCAGCAUUUGGAAUCUUUCAUCAUGAAUUUCAUUAAUUCUUGUGAAUCCCCAAAACCUAAACCAAGUAGACCAGAAUUAACAAUUCUCAGCCCAACUUCUGAAAACAACAAAAAGGUCGAGUAGUUUUCCGGAUUCCUGAUUGGUUUCAUCAUUUCUUGAUGGGAAUACGAAUCCUCUUGAAAAACACUUUAGAGACAUAUACUGAUUACUAUCUGC